GAACUUCAAUUUCAAUGUUUCGAAGAUUGGCUGCUGAAACUGGUACCGCAAUUGCGAGAUUUGAAAGAAAGUAUCACACAACUUCACUGAAGACUAAACUGCUUCGUAAUCUCGUUGGUACAUCGGCGUUUUAUACUUGGAGAUGUAUUGCAGGUGUUCAUAGAUCGGCGAAUAACAUGUCCACAUUGGAAACUCUCAAUUUUGACAAUCUCGCGUUGAGGUCCCUCCCGAUUGACUCUGAAAAGGAGGUAUUUACACGACAGGUAUCAGGGGCAUGCUUCUCAAAAAUAAAUCUCUCCCCAGUUGAAAACCCGACUCUGGUCUGUCACUCUUUGUCGGCGUUAUCCUUGCUGGACCUGAAAGAAACUGAAGUUCAGGAGAAGAAUUUCUGUGAAUAUUUCGCAGGGAAUAAACUUAUACCUGGUAGUGAGCCAGCAGCGCACUGUUAUUGUGGUCAUCAGUUUGGAUAUUUCUCUGGUCAGCUUGGCGAUGGUGCUGCUAUGUACUUGGGGGAAGUGGUGAACAAGAAGGGUGAACGUUGGGAGAUUCAGCUGAAGGGAUCUGGACUGACUCCUUUCUCCCGGACAGCUGAUGGACGAAAAGUGUUGAGGAGCACCAUCAGGGAAUUUCUAUGUAGUGAGGCAAUCCAUAACCUUGGUAUUCCUACUACGAGAGCUGGGACUUGUGUGACCUCUGACACGAGGGUAGUUCGUGACAUCUUUUAUGACGGUCACCCUAUACAAGAGAGAUGCACGAUUGUUCUGAGAAUUGCACCAACAUUUCUGAGGUUUGGAUCAUUUGAGAUUUUCAAACCUAUGGACCCUGAGACUGGAAGGAAAGGCCCUAGUGUAGGCAAGACAGAUAUUCUGAUACAGAUGCUAGAUUACACAGUUGAAACAUUCUACACAGAGAUCUGGGAUAGACUUAAAGAGGAUAAACAAAAGAUGUACCUUGAGUUUUUCCGGGAAGUUGUGAAAAGAACGGGACGUCUGGUGGCAGAAUGGCAGUGUGUAGGAUGGUGUCAUGGGGUGCUUAAUACAGACAACAUGAGUAUAUGUGGUGUUACAAUAGAUUAUGGGCCUUAUGGAUUCAUGGACCGGUAUGACCCGGAUUUCAUCUGUAACGCUUCAGAUGAUGGUGGUAGAUACACGUAUCAAAAACAACCAGAGAUUUGUAAAUGGAACUGUCAAAAGUUAGCUGAAGCUAUACAGGAGGCCAUUCCUCUAUCCGAAACAGAAAAAGAACUAGGAAUAUUUGAUGAGGAAUUUUCACGACACUACACACAAAAAAUGAGGAAAAAGUUGGGAUUGUUGAAAACAGAACUACAGGAGGAUGGUUUACUUGUUGAGAAGCUCUUGGAGACAAUGAAAACAACAGGAGCAGACUUCACAAAUACUUUCCGUUGUCUCAGUCGUCUGCCCUUACCAGGAAAUACAGAUUAUGACUCAGCUGUCGCUGAGGUGACAGAGUACAUUCUAUCCCAGUGUGCCACAGUGGAAGAACUGAAAUUGUCUUGUAAACCUACAAUGGAUCCAAGACAACUGCAGAUGUUUAUGAUGUUGAUGCAGACUAACCCAGGCCUCCUGAAUGCUUUGGGACGGGGGUUAAGUGCCUUUGUUAAGGAGAUAGAGAAAAUGGAAAAAGCUAAGCAUCUUCAGGACUUGACACAAAAAUCUAAACAAGAGGAAGACAAAAAACUAUGGACAGAAUGGUUAACACAGUACACAGAGAGACUGAAGCUAGAGGUCAAAGACUGCAGUGACCUUGAGAGUGCAACUAAACAGAGGUCAGAGGUCAUGAACUCUGUAAAUCCAAGAUUUAUUCUGAGGAACUAUAUUGCUGAGAAUGCAAUUAAAGCUGCAGAGAAGGGAGAUUACUCUGAAGUACAGCGAGUGCUGAAGUUACUGGAAAAUCCAUUCAGUGAAGCUGUUGACCUUGGCAGCUUUUCAGGUCUGUCAUUAGGUGGCAGCACCUCCACCACAGACUCAGAUUCGGCUGGAGCAGCUGGGCCAAGCAGUGGUGCAAGUAAGGGGGAUAACUCUCAAACAUGUGGUGAAGCAAUAUCGUAUGACUGUAAACCACCUGAAUGGGCACAAGGCUUACGAGUGACUUGAUCCUCGUAAACACCUUCCUAUAACAUAAACCUGACCAGACAGUGACCGCCUAGUUCAUAUAUCAAUGGUGGUGGUGAUGAAGUAUCUAGGAUGGACAUAUUUGGUCGGGUUUGAGGUUUAGGAAGGUUUUAUUGUCUGUACUGCUGUGUUGAAAUGGACGUUAGAUGUAUGAUUACAGAUUUGACUAAAUAAGAACUCAACUAAUUAUUUGGAAGUAGGCACACCUUUUACAUACUUGAGUGUUUGGAGGAUGUGAUUUGGGUCAAUCACCCAUCAAUUACCAGUGUCGCCAUCUUGCCUAACUGUAUCUGGAUAUUCCAAUGUUUACCUAAUGAUAGUGGAAAAUGUUGGAUUUACAGUGUACCUGAUAUUUCUUUGCUUUAAAUCAAAAUUUGGUCAUUCAAAAUCAGCUUAAAUUAAAAAACUGUUAUAACACAACAAAGAAUAUGAUCUAAAUACAUUUAAAGCCAAAAUUAAAUCUAACUGAAUGAAACAAUUGGAUCACUGCUGAUUGAUAUAGACUAUCAAUGGUUAUGUAUCUCUCAGAGAUUUUUAUUCCUUGUCAGAGUGAGUUUACGUGUUACAUAAUCACAGAAAUAAUGAAAAAAGUAAAAUAAUUGUUGUCAUAAUUGUAAGCUGACUAAUUUAAAUAACUAAUUAAAUUUGAAUAAUGAAAUUUAAAAUCUAUAUUAAGAUGACAGGAUGAAUUCCUAUAUCAAGAAUUCCUAUAUCAAUUAUAAUCAACACAGUGGUACAGCCCCUACCGUAGAUAUCUUUGAUGUGACACACAUUUUAAUGAAGGCUUCAGUUUAAACUUGGUAACCUAGGUAACUGAUGCUGGAUGUAGAUACUGCAGUAGGGGGUCCUAUAUGAAUUAUAAUUAAUUUAUUUGACAUCCUUUGAAAGGUUGGGAAGGCUGAGAGAGCCUUUAUUUCAGGCCUGUUUCUUACUCCACCUUUUAUAGGCUAAUUUGUCUGUAUGAAAUUUUCAAGCCAUAAGCUUAUUUUUGUAAUCCACAUUUGUAAGUGAUGUGUUGAUAUGUGAGGCUUUCUUUAGAUCUCUUUUUUAAGGCUGAUUUUCCCAUAUAUGAGGCUUUAUUAGUAACAAUAAUCCCUCACUGUACUCUGUUUAUCAACAUGUAUCUGUACAAUGUGUUUUGAUGUUAUGAACAUACAGGGCCUCACAAACCUGAUAACUAUAAUAUCUAGUGCUCCUGUAAGGCCUCACCAACCUGAUAUCUAUAAUAUCUAGUGCUCCAGUAAGGCCUCACAAACCUGAUAUCUAUAAUAUCUAGUGCUCCUGUAAGGCCUCACAAACCUGAUAUCUAUAAUAUCUAGUGCUCCUGUAAGGCCUCACAAACCUGAUAACUAUAAUAUCUAGUGCUCCAGUAAGGCCUCACAAACCAGAUAUCUAUAAUUUCUAGUGCUCCUGUAAGGCCUCACAAACCUGAUAUCUAUAAUAUCUAGUGCUCCAGUAAGGCCUCACAAACCUGAUAUCUAUAAUAUCUAGUGCUCCUGUAAGGCCUCACAAACCUGAUAUCUAUAAUAUCUAGUGCUCCUGUAAGGCCUCACCAACCUGAUAACUAUAAUAUCUAGUGCUCCAGUAAGGCCUCACAAACCUGAUAUCUAUAAUAUCUAGUGCUCCUGUAAGGCCUCACAAACCUGAUAUCUAUAAUAUCUAGUGCUCCUGUAAGGCCUCACAAACCUGAUAUCUAUAAUAUCCAGUGCUCCUGUAGGGCCUCACAAACCUGAUAUCUAUAAUAUCUAGUGCUCAUGUAAGGCCUCACAAACCUGAUAUCUAUAAUAUCUAGUGCUCAUGUAAGGCCUCACAAACCUGAUAUCUAUAAUAUCUAGUGCUCAUGUAAGGCCUCACAAACCUGAUAACUAUAAUAUCCAGUGCUCCUGUAAGGCCUCACAAACCUGAUAUCUAUAAUAUCUAGUGCUCCUGUAAGGCCUCACAAACCUGAUAUCUAUAAUAUCUAGUGCUCCUGUAAGGCCUCACAAACCUGAUAACUAUAAUAUCUAGUGCUGUAAGGCCUCACCAACCUGAUAUCUAUAAUAUCUAGUGCUCCUGUAAGGCCUCACAAACCUGAUAUCUAUAAUAUCUAGUGCUCCAGUAAGGCCUCACAAACCUGAUAUCUAUAAUAUCUAGUGCUCCUGUAAGGCCUCACCAACCUGAUAUCUAUAAUAUCUAGUGCUCCUGUAAGGCCUCACCAACCUGAUAUCUAUAAUAUCUAGUGCUCCUGUAAGGCCUCACAAACCUGAUAACUAUAAUAUCUAGUGCUGUAAGGCCUCACAAACCUGAUAUCUAUAAUAUCUAGUGCUCCUGUAAGGCCUCACAAACCUGAUAUCUAUAAUAUCUAGUGCUCCUGUAAGGCCUCACAAACCUGAUAACUAUAAUAUCUAGUGCUCCUGUAAGGCCUCACAAACCUGAUAUCUAUAAUAUCUAGUGCUCCUGGAAGGCCUCACCAACCUGAUAUCUAUAAUAUCUAGUGCUCCUGUAAGGCCUCACAAACCUGAUAUCUAUAAUAUCUAGUGCUCCUGUAAGGCCUCACAAACCAGAUAUCUAUAAUUUCUAGUGCUCCUGUAAGGCCUCACAAACCUGAUAUCUAUAAUAUCUAGUGCUCCAGUAAGGCCUCACAAACCUGAUAACUAUAAUAUCUAGUGCUCCUGUAAGGCCUCACC